GCGCCGCCACAUUGCUCUCCGCCAUCCAUCCGCGCGUCCCCUUUCCCUGGGCCUCCAUCCUUGCCCGCCUCACGCACUCCCGUCUUUUCCCGGAAUACAGGGACCCCCAGGAUGGCGAACAAAAAGACCAAGCAGAAGAAGAAACAGCAGGCCAAGGCCGCUGCCGCCGUCAAUGGCGGCAACCCUAGUGAAAGGUCGGACAGCCCUACAAGCAUGGGCGACGCAGAGGAAGCGACCUCGCCUCAAGCGGAGAGCCCUCCAACACCUCCGGCCCCUCCGGAAGAGGUCGAUGCAAUCAAACUCGCGGAGAAGGCGAAGGAGGAGGGGAACGCGGCCUUCAAGGCGCAACGAUUCAAUGAUGCUCUCGAAUCGUACACACACGCAAUCGUAUUGAAUCCGUCUGAGCCGACUUACUUGACCAAUCGCGCUGCUGCCCGCACCCUUCAAUCCGACUCGCCCUCCCCCAAAACGCUCAUCCGCCUCGCCCGUUGCCAACUAUCAACAGGCUCGACAGCUCCCGCACUCUCCACACUCCGUACCGUCCUCGCGAUCGACGCGGCCAACUCAUCGGCCCUCCAGCUGCAAAAGAAGGUCCUCGAGCUCGAGGCGCACCUGCGGCACUUUGAGGAUGCGAAAGAGAGGAAAGACUGGGCAAUGGCGAGGCUGGCGUUGGGCAAGUGUGUGCAGACGAUCGAGGCGGAGGGCGGAGAUAUUCCGACUCAGUGGCGGCUAUCGCGAAUCCAGCUCGAGCUCGCUAGGGGCAACUGGGACGCCGCGGGCAUCGCAGCCAGCGAGGCUCUUCGGUUAGAACCCAACUCACCAGAUGCACUUACAUGGCGGGGCCUUGUGCUUUUCUUGUCCGCGAAGACGGCGCAAGCGCUUCAGCACGUACAGUCGGCUCUGCGCUUAGAUCCAGGGCACGAAUCUGCUCAGCGGUUGCGGAAGCGUAUCAAGGACGUCGAACGGUUAAAGGAGGAAGGCAACACUGCAUUCAAGGCGGGUCGUUUGCAAGAGGCGGCAGAUAAGUACGGGGCGGCGUUGGAGCGCAUUGGCGAUAGUCCCGACGAAGGAAAGGGUGGUCAGAUUCGUGCCAUCCUCCUUUCAAAUCGAGCUACAGCUCUCGUCAAGCUCGAGCGGCACGAGGACGCUCUGGAGGAUACCGAGGAGUCCCUGCGACUAUAUCCUGCUUCAUUCAAGGCCCUCCGGACCCGCGCCCGGAUUUACUCGCACCUCGAAAAGUAUGAGGCUUCGAUCGCAGACUUCAACUCUGCCAUAGAGCAGGCAGAGUAUGACGGCAAUGCCGCGGACGUGAAAGCGUUGAAGGGCGAGCUGAAGAAGGCCGAGAUUGCGUUGAAGCGGAGUAAGACCAAGGAUUACUACAAGAUCUUGGGUGUCCAGAAGGAAUGCACCGAAGUGGACAUCAAGAAGGCGUACCGGCGGGAGUCACUCAAGCAUCAUCCUGACAAGGGCGGUGACGAAGAGAAGUUCAAGCUGGUCGUGGAAGCUCACUCGAUCCUGUCUGAUCCCAUCAAGCGACGACGGUACGAUAUGGGUGAGGACGAUGAGGACGUGAUGGGUAUGGGAGGUAUGGGGGGAGGCAUGGGGGGCAUGGACAUCAAUGAUCUCUUCGCGCAUCUCAAUCGGAAUGGCGGCGGCUUCGGGGGAGGCGGCUUCGGAGGAGCAGGCUUCGGAGGAGGCGGCUUCGGGGGAGGAGGCUAUGGAGGCGGCGGCGGAUUCUCCUCAUUCGGGGCGGGAGGACGAGAUUUCGAUUUCUAAUUGUCUACUAGCUGUCCUACCAUCGUACACUGCAUGCUUACCUGUUGUGCUCUUGUUUUCUUGCACUGUUC